UCUUGCUUGCCUUUUCCAUCCAUCUUGUUAUCAAUCCCUAUUGGCUACAAGAUUUUUCUUAAUUUUCUAAUACAAGAGAGCAGUUGCAAACACUUAUCAUCUUAUCCCAACACAACUUCUUAUAUAUACCUAGUGUAGUGUCUUUCUGGUUGGGGUCUAUUAUUUGUAUUAUUAUUAUUUUAUUAAAUACAACACAACAUAACAUGGGUGGUUUAGGACGAACAAGUAGCCUAAGCCCCCUGUGGCUAUGGAUUCCAAUUUACAUCUGCGUUGUUGUUGUUGUUGUGUGUGUAAGUGUAAAUGUAUCAGCUGAGCUCCAACGCAUUGAGCACCCUGCUGUCAAAGCAGAUGCCACUCUUAGCUUCCUCGUCAUUGGAGACUGGGGAAGGAAAGGAACCUACAACCAGUCUCAAGUUGCUUUUCAGAUGGGAAGAGUGGCUGACAAGUUAAACAUUGACUUUGUGGUAUCAACCGGAGACAAUUUCUAUGACGAUGGAUUGACCGGUGUACAUGACCCUGCUUUUCAAUAUUCCUUUUCAGAUAUCUACACCGCCAACAGCCUUCAAAAACAAUGGUAUAAUGUUUUGGGCAACCAUGACUACAGAGGAGAUGUUGAAGCUCAAUUAAGCCCAUUCCUUCAAAAUAUUGAUCAUAGAUGGUUUUGCCAAAGAUCUUUUUUUGUUCACACUGAAAUUGCCGAGUUCUUCUUCGUGGAUACAACUCCUUUUGUGGACAAGUACUUUCUCAAGCCAAAGGAUCACAAGUAUGAUUGGAGAGGUGUACUUCCCAGGAAGAAAUAUUUAUCAAACCUCUUGAAGGAUCUGGAAACAGCACUGAGAGAUUCAACUGCCAAGUGGAAGAUUGUUGUGGGACAUCAUCCAGUGAGAAGCAUAGGGCACCACGGCGACACCAAAGAGCUCUUAACACACCUCCUGCCAAUUCUUGAGGCCAACAAUGUUGAUAUGUACAUGAAUGGGCACGACCACUGCUUGGAACACAUAAGUAGCACCGACAGCCAAAUGCAGUUCUUGACUAGUGGUGGAGGCUCAAAGGCAUGGAAAGGAGACGUUGAUAAAAAUAGGAGAGAUGGGGUCAAGUUUUACUAUGACGGACAAGGAUUUAUGUCUGUUGAGCUUAAGCAAAUGAAUGCCAAAGUUGUCUAUUACGAUAUUUUUGGCAAUGUUUUGCAUGUUCUGAAUCUGUCCAAGGCGUUACAUUAUGCGAUAUAAGUAUGGUUGUCAAAUCCGCAUCUAAAUAAAUUGGGGAAAAUUGUGAAAUCUGGCCUUUGUAAUAAUGAUAUCAACAACCUUAAUUAUGAAUGUAUUUAUGUUUUGAAAACUUCCGGUCCAAAGAACGCUUCUGCGCUUAUUGUCUAUAUAUGACUCUGUGGACUUGCAUUGCCAA